GUUUUCCAGAACCUGAGCCUGAGGCCUCAAUGACAAGAGCAUUCUUUUGACGGUUGUUCUUUUACUUAGAAAGUUUUGAACGAGCUUUUAGUUUGAAGGAGAAGUGGGGCGCCGACUGGUACCAGUCCACCAAUCUGCAGGGUUACAUGUAAAAGCCCUGUAAAAGAAUCUUCCCCUAGCAUCCAGUGCACUCCUCGUGGGGUCUCCGCUUCCACGAAAAUGGCUUCCAUGUCCUGUCACCUGUUGCCGGUCUGUAACAGCAAGGCGGCUUGUAACUAUCCUGGAAGAGUGUUGCAGGAGAUGGAAGGUUCGAGUAAGACGAUGGUAGCGCCUCUCAAAAGCUCUCUAUGGCAACCAGGUCCACGAAGGGAAAAUGUCCACUGGGGGCGUCUGACUUGCUUGGACCUGCGGUCAACUAAGCUCAACACUACUACAAAUAGGCGGGUUGCAUGUCAAGCUGUAGAGCAUGAGGCGCAGCCAGCGCCUGUAUCUACGGAAGCGGUCAAGGAAACGGAGGGAGAAGAUGAUGGUCCACCGUUCAUUGAGCUGGAGUUCCAGCCCACCAAGGGUGACAAGGUGGAUUACGCCAAGACUGUGAGCGGGACCAAGGUGCUCCGGAACCUCAUGCAGGAGAACAAGAUUGAGUUGUACAAGCUCUAUGGCAAGUUGAUGAAUUGCGGGGGAGCAGGGAAUUGUGGAACUUGCGAGGUUGAGAUUUUGGAGGGUGCGGAGUUGUUGAGUGAACGGACAGACGCAGAGUACAAGUACCUGAAAAAGAAGCCCGACACGUACAGGCUCGCAUGCCAAACGAUUGUUGGGGACAAAAGCAACCGGGGCAAGGUAGUAGUCCGGAAGACGCCCCCUUAGAAGUAGAUAGCCAAGUCGGAUUAAGUUAAGGCUCUGGGGCUGGGGGGGCAAUCUCCUGUGGAAGGUGCACCAGUGAUCAAGUAGAUUCAUGUUGCAGGCAUCAGGCAGGCUAGUAGAAGUCCGCAUACGACCGUUCUUAGAAAAUUGAAGGGUGACGGACCUUCGAACUGUUCCUAUAUUAGCUUUACGUGAGAACUUCGACUUUAGACAGACUUGCCGAGUGCGGGAGCUGCUUCAGUUGAUUUGGGCAUUUACUAUGGGCUUCAUGGCCUUGUUAGCGUUGGACAUCAUGCGGACUUACAGCAAAACAAAGAUAGUCGAUCGAUCCAGGGUUGCGCAGUCUAGUCGUUUGUACACGAAUGGAUCCGCCGGCAGUUCUCGCCAGCAGUACGUCCAUUCUAGCACUUGAUCGCAAUCAGUCGCAGCAAGGAGAUGCUUUGGCUCUUUCAAAUACCCCACUUACCGAGGCAGCGUCGACUUGCCUGUACCAUGAGGUACACCACAAGGCAGAUUUGGGUUAAUGCGUGAGACUGAGGCUAGGUACACAUGUCAAGCUGAAAGUUGUACUUACAAUUAUUCGUAUGUGAGA